AUGAAUGAAGGAGUAUACUCCUUCCGAGAUGGUUGUACCAACAAUCAAGAUGACAACCAAAAUGAACCAACAUCAGACGUGAUUAUGACAAUCAUGGACUGGGAAUACUUUUCUGCUCAUCACCACGACGAUGACUUGUUUCGGAAAUUCAAAGAAAAGAUGAGAUCGGCCGGCGCUCGGAAAUCAUUCUCAACAGAUUUUAAAUAUGUUGCAACGUUGGGCAGGCUAGAGAUUCCUGGAUAUGGAAAUGAUCAAUUUGACGGACCAUUUGAUGUCACUGUAUCUUAUAAUCAUCAUUGUAUAUUAGUUAGUGAUUUGAAUAAUGAUAGGAUAAAAGUAUUUGAUUUGAAGACGAAGGAGUAUAUAUCUUCCAUCCAAUGCAUAUCUCCAAUGCCUAAAUAUUUGUGUAUUGAAGAAGCAUAUGAAGGAAAUACGAAUGACGCUUUACUUUUUGAUUGUGACGAUGGUGAUGCUGUAUAUAAAUAUGAUUUGAGAAGAUUGUUAGAAUAUUCUUUGGAAGAACAAAGAGGCGAGGAACCGUUCGAUUACAUCUGGAAAACAACACAUACAUUUUUGUCUGCUCAAGGAAUUGCGGUUUGUAAUCAUAGAAAAGAGGUAUUUGUAUGUGACAGCGAGAGUAACUGUAUAGCAAUUUUGAAUUCAAUAUCAGGAGAUUUUAUCAAGCGAAUCGAGAUUGAUAGUCCACGAGGCGUCUUUAUCAAUAGUCAUGGAGAAUUAUUGGUGACCCAAAAACAUCCAUUGAACCGAAUAGAAAUUUUGAAAAGGACAGAAAAUGAAGAAUGGACUCGAGUGACAACAUUUGGAAAAUAUGGAAAGUUAGUUGGCGAGUUGAACAAUUCUUUGAAACUAUUGUUUGAUGAGGUUUCGAAAAACAUUAUUGUGAGUGAUGGCUGGAAUCAUCGAAUACAAGUGUUCAAACACGAUGGAACUGUUGUGACCUCGUAUGGCACCUAUGGCUCAGCAUUUGUCAAUCAAUUUAAAUAUCCAUGUGGAAUUUGUUUGAACGAGAUGGAAGGAGAGUUGUAUGUGUGUGACUACAGCGUCCAUGUUGUACACAUUUUCAAGUAG